CAACCGCAGCAUAGCGACCGAGCUUGGUUGGGAACUGAGGGAGAAGCAGAGCCACUUAAAGGGAAAGAGGGAACUGGAGGAAAAACAUGCGAUUGAAAUCGGCGAAUUUUUCGGAAGUCGUUUUGAAGAGCCAGUAUAUUAGGUCAAAGGCACUGAGAAGACGGAACAGACGCGGCGUACUCGUGUGAGGAGCAGGGAGCUAACUGUUCUCGAGCCUAAUCAGCGAGGUCUUCCCUCAGAUAGCUAGCAGGCUAACGUAGCUGUCGCUAACGUUAGCUAAAGAUGGUGGCCGGGCACUGAGCGAAAACUCCAGCGUGUUUUUUUUCUGAGGGUUUUCUCUCCGCGUUUGCUGGGUGAACAGCGAAUGUAGUUUAGUGUAUUAUUUCAUUUUUAUUUUUUGAUAAUUUCUGGGAACUCCUAGUUGAAUUCGGUUCUCCGUUUAAACUCCGUAACCGCUCUUCUGUAAAAACACUAAGUUUCUGUGGACAGUCUGCUUUUAGAAGUUGGUUAGCUGAGUUUGUUAUAAAUGUUUAGGCGAGUGCACUAUGGCCGAAUCUCGCCCAUCCACAUGAACUGAGUUCUCGCUGUUUUAUAAUGCACAACUGCAGUGCAAAGUGUGCGGCAAGAAGGAGAACUACGGCGGGGAACUUGUGCGGCAUGGUGGACGAGGAUGCUCCGUUGUAGGCUGUAGAAACUGAGGAACUCGACUGGAUUACUCCGACCCGGGAUGGAUUACCCUCAGAUUCUCGGACACGACGCGCUCCACGUCGGUUAAUGGCACUUGAGCGCUGCUUUAGCGUUGGAUCCCUACAACACAUGGUUCGCCUUCAAAUUCAUUUAGAAGACUUGGAGGGCAUAUUACAUGGAGACUAGUUGGUCAUGCCAAGGAAGGAGUUACCAUUGCCAGAGGGUUGGGAAGAAGCCCGAGAUUUUGACGGGAAGGUCUACUACAUUGACCAUAUCAAUCACACCACCAGUUGGAUUGACCCAAGGGAUAGGCAGACCAAGCCCCUGACCUUCGCUGACUGUAUUGGAGAUGAGUUGCCGGUGGGCUGGGAGGAGGCCUAUGAUCCCAAAGUUGGAGCCUAUUAUGUUGACCAUAAUACAAAGAGCACUCAGCUGGAAGACCCACGGGCGCAGUGGCAGCGUGAGCAGGAGCGAAUGCUGCAUGACUACCUCAGUGUGGCAAAGGAUGCACUGAGCGCCCAGAAGGAGAUCUACCAGGUCAAAGAGGAGCGCCUCCGCUUGGCCCAGCUAGAAUAUCGGCAGCUCAAUGAUGCCUGGAGGGACAAGUCCUCCUCACAGACCAGCUUAAAUUCCAGAUCCUCAUCAAGCAGUAAAUAUGACCCUGAAAUUCUCAAGGCAGAGAUUGUAACUGCAAAAAGUCGGGUGAAUAAGCUGAAGAGAGAUCUGGCCUGUAUGAGGCAGGAACUGCUUUAUAAGGAGCAGGGGUUUGAAACGCUGAAAGAAAUUGACCAUAAAGUGUCUAACACAUCAUAUGGCUACAAGCAGCUUGAAGCCCAGGCCAUCCUGAAGGAGGUCAGGACUAUUAAAGAUGCCAUUAGCUCUGGAGAGAAGGAGAAGCAGGAGCUCAUGCAGAAACUAGCCGUGCUAAAGGACGGCUUCCAGUUGGAUUAUGGCUCCCAAUCUGAGCUGUGGGCCAGUAGCCCCUCCCUGGCUAAUUCGAACCUGUCCCUUCCUCGCCUCUACUCUGAUGCAGAGUCCCAGACUGACAUACCGGCUGAAUUUGUUUCAAGCUCCAAUAAACUGGCUGAGAAGGUACGACUGAGCUUGAAGUAUGAAGAGGCGAAAAGGAGGAUUGCUAACAUUAAGGUCCAGAUAGCCAAAUUGGACAGUGACGCAUGGCCGGGCUUGCUGGAUCCUGAGCGGGACCGGCUGAUCCUCAUCAACGAGAAAGAGGAACUAUUGAAGGAGCUGCAGUACGUCAAGCCAUGCAAGCGUGCACCCAAUGACGCAGAGAAGAUUGAGACCGAAAAGAAGCGGCUGGAGCAGGACCUGCAGGCUGCGCGUGAUAACCAGAGCAAAGCGUUAACUGAGAGGUUGAAGCUGCAUUGCAAGAGGAACAAACUGGUGAAGGAGUUGGAGGAGGUGGUGAGGCAGGCUUCCUCACUACAUACACAACUGAAGAGCCUGUCAGCCAGCAACCUGUCGUGUUCUUCAGGCAGCAGCCGUGGUUCGCUCACCUCCAGCCGAGGUUCUUUGGCUACUUCUAGUCUCGGCUCAUCCUCUUCGCUCAGCUUCACCGACAUCUACCUGGAACAGCCUGAGCUGAAUGACCCGGAUUUCCAGGUCAAGCUGGACUCACUGCUGCAGGAGGGCGCUUCGUCCAGCUACAGGCCCUCCAGCUCUAUCACUACCAUCCAUGAAAACGAGGUGUCCUCUGGGCCGGCAGGUGGCAACCUGGGCCCUGGCCAGCGAAUGCUGAUUUCGCGUCUGUCUGAGACGCCGCGCUCCAUGAGCUCCCUGUCGCCACGCUCCUCUCUGUCCUCGCUCUCCCCACCCUGUUCACCACUUGUCCCCGACGCCUCCUUCUUGGCUGGAGAGGCCUUCCCGGGCCCGGCCUCACACCUUGACCUGGAGCUGCAGGCCCGGCUUGCUGAGCUGCGGCUGGAGGGGGAACAGCAACUAGCACAGCUGGCACAGCUAGCUUACCGCGAUGCUAAACAGGACGCCAGUACAGCUGCUGGAGAGGCUGCUAAAGAUGUUAUUGCGCAAACGAAGGUUUUGGGGCCCGGCUCAAAGAAGGUGGGCGUAACGUCAGCCGUGUCUGAUGAAUCGGUGGCAGGAGACAGUGGAGUGUAUGAGGCCUCGGAGAAAAGGCAUGGAGUCCCUACAGAGCAGCUGCUGGGGUAUGAUGAUGGAGGAUCGGCCAGCUGUGCUCAGAUCAGAUUAGGCCUGAAGUACGAAGUUAAAGAGAAGCGAUUUGCUGUCUUCAUCGUUCAGCUGACCAACUGCAGUGCCCUCUCCCUGCCUGCCAGCCAGAACAUAUAUGUUCGGGCGGUGGUACUGCCCUGCCCAGAGGCCACUCGCUGCCUGUUCCGCACCCGUGGCUCCUUGCCCCACGACACAGUGGAGAUGAACGAAGUGUUUAGUGUGCAGCUCUCUCCUGCCGUGCUUAGACAGAAAACCCUGCGCAUUGAUGUCUGCAGCACCAGCAAGCCUGGAAGAGAGGAGUGCCUGGCUGGUGCUCAGAUAAGUUUGGCUGAUGUGGACUGUUCAGAACAGUGGUGCACCAAGUGGUAUAACCUCCUCAACUACAUGUACAUUGCAGACAUGGAUGGCAAGCACAAAGAGCCAGAGACCUCCACACAGCCAGAGGAGACUACGAUACCCAGCGCCGCAGAAAACCCCGCAGCUAACUUACAGAAUGCACCUGAGGAACACUGGCACACAGAUCCUCUGGAGGGUGACGUCUUUGUGGAUGGGGUGGGCAGUGACAUUGAGGGGGAAGAGUUUUACCCUGAAGGUUGCCAGUGGGAAGUGGAAGAGGAGGAUGAAGAGGAGGUGGCCCAGCCUGUUCCAGCAGCAGCUAUCCCAGAAAAGGUGAAUAAGGAGACAAGCAUGGAGGGCCUACCUAGCUCUGCCUCUGUGGUCCGGCCUAAGGAGCGGCGGCCUGAAAUCAACCAACAGAAUCCUUUUAUGAGGGGCAACACUAUUAUCCGCUCCAAGACCUUCUCCCCAGGUCCCCAGAGCCAGUAUAUCUGCAGGAUUAACCGCAGUGACAGCGACAGCUCCACAUUGUCCAAGAAGUCUCCCUUCGUCCGGAAUGCCUCAGAGAGACGCAGCGUCCGCAUUAAAAAGCCUCCAAUGCAGGUACGUGGGCUGGACGGUGUUCUGCGGACCCCUCUGGACCUGGAGCUGGAGUUGCAAGUGUCACGGACACGUCACAACCGGCUGAGCGAGGAGCUGCGUGUGCUGCGGCAGCUGAAGGAGCAGCUGGAGAGCGCUCGGCAGCAGGGCCAGCACAGCCUCCCUGCCUGGGUACAGGAGGAUGAACGUUUUCGUCUGCUGCUCAGACAAGCCGAAAAACAGACUCAAGAGGAGCAACUGCAGGAGCAAAGAGUGGAGAAGAUGAUGCGGGCGGCAGCUAAGGAAGUGCACAAGAUUCGAGGGCAGAGCCGUAAAGAGGGGCCUGAAGUCCAGUCCUUCAGAGAGAAGAUGGCAUUCUUCACCCGGGCAAAAAUAAGCGUUCCUGACCUACCGGCUGACGAUGUAUAGAGGAUCUAAAGUAUUUCUGAGUCUUAACUGCUGUUUCAUUGAAGAAGAAGCUGACCUCUGGUGGUAUUAUGAAGAAUUAUGCAGAUAAAAAAGUGUCUGUUCAGUAGGAGAACGUCAUUUUAAAACACUGGGUUUUAGCUCUCAAUUGAAAAUCUGUAGAUUUUUGUUUUCCUUUUUUUAGCUAGUACCAACAACAGCGUUUUGUUUUUUAUUUUUUUGCUAUUCAUAGCAAUGUUUUUCUGUUACUAAUAAUUGUAUAUUGGUAUCUGUAUUAGGUAUUUUUUGUGGUAGAUGAUCAUUCCAAAACACCAGUGUGUUAUUUUUUAAAAAAGACGAGGGUAAAACAGUUGCUCUGUUAAUUGGACAAGACCGCUUACUGUAACUCGAUGAUGUGAAUACAGAUCCUUAUGGUACUUUUAUGAUUCAUAGCACAAGGGUUUGGAAAUCACUAUUUGGAGGUUAUGUCAGUGUGGGUGAAAAAUCGGCUCUGCCAGUGAUGUCUCAACACAUGCAAGCACAUGCUAGUCACACAUGCUUUUGCCAAGAGGAAGAUUGGCUCUUAUUUUUAUAACCUUAACGAUAUGUACAAAAUAUUGCUAACAUUAGCAGACAUAGAAAUGAAUGAAAGUACGAAUAACUGUAGCCCAGAACAGUUUUACAUGUAGCUAGCUAAUGGGUAGCUAGUUGUAACUCGCUACAGCAUCAAUGCCAGCUGGUUCCCAGUGUUCACUUUGAUGAAUGCACAAGUAUACGCGAUUGUCCACAAGGCGCAGCACAUAAACGAGUGGCCACAGUCUCAGCAAUUAAGUAGAAACUGCACUUAGUCCCACAGCCUCUCAGGUAGAAUCUCGGCUAGUUCAUGCACUUUAAUAGUAAUCAGAGAGCGGGGAACGCUGUCAUGGCACAUUGUAACUCGCGAGCACAUGAAGGCCUAAUGCAUGUCUCCAUCUCUCCUUGCCCUGGAACUGAACUUAAUUUGUGAGCUCUUGUGUCCCCUUAGAAACGUUUGUGAACCAAGCUGAUUUUUGGUUCAUUAUUAUUUUGGUUCCCUUUCACCCAGAAUGCUUGAUUUACUCCAAAGACCUUUUCCAGGAAAUUGUUUUUGGUUUAAUUAUUUUAUUCCAGAUUGCUUUUAAGAAUUCUGAACAUGCUGAGUAGCCAGUCCAGUUCAUGGCUAAUCAUGUCCUAAUCAGUUGUGUAAUUCCCACCUCCUCCCAACACAUUCAAAAUGCUGCACAGAGCUUUCUGGCUGAAGUGCAGCUGUAGUCUCGGCACAUGGCGCACAUCCUGCAGAGGAGGACCGUGAUGUCACAGUUAAUGAAAUAUGGAACGAGAUCAUUCGGCGUGGCAAAACGUCAGAGCCGAACUUGAGCGCUUGAUGCUGCAGAGCUACUCGCCCGCUUUCCCCUGCAAACGCUUAAUAAUGCAUAGCAAGCCUGUUAUGUAACCCAUAGCUGUGUUUAUCCUUUCUGACAUGCCCCCUGCUGCAACCUGAAUUCUCAUACUGAAUGUUCAGCUCAGUCCUGGUCUUUCAGCCAAGUGGGGAUUGCACAUUCACAUGUACACGUCAGUGUUUUGACACCAGUCGACUAUGAAUGUUAGCAAAUGCUCAGUCAUUCAGACCCUUUUUCAGCUUUGGCCAAAGGGAAAUGCUUGUCUGAAUGAAGCACUUUCUGUGAGGCCCAGAACAAAAUGUGAUUUUGGGUCCUAACCACUAAUUUUAAAAGGGACUGACUUUUUGAAAAUUCUACAUAAUUCAGUUAUUGAGUUGAAAACAGUCAUUCAGGGUAGCUUGAUUUGAAAUGGUGCACUGUAGUGAAACCUGCCAGCUCUGAUUUCUUUACAUUGGUGGUGAUAGGAUCCAGGGGUCGCAGUAUCCACAAACAGAUGUUAUUGCUAUAGUGAUGCACCGUAAUGAAUAUCUAGCCAAAAAUUCUGACACAGAUAAAAAAAAGCUAAAAAUAAAUAAAACAGUAAAAACAAUCAAAUAAAUUAUUAAAAAAUAAUUUAUUACGUCUUCAACAAAAGAGGAUGUUUGAUCAUCCAAGGCAAAUGAUUCCAUUAUGUUUUUUAGUUACACUUUGCAUGUGCCACUGCCAUUUGGGGAUUUUUAAGAACUUUCAAAAACUGUGACUACAGAUGUUAUGUUAGUGGGGACUUUCUGCUUCUAUUAUUUUGUUCUGUGUAUCGAGCGGGAUGUUUCAGUUGCUGAACUUUCAGUGCAUCCCUAAAACACAUGUCUUCUGUGUUUAAUAUGUAAUCUUGAUCAUGGUAAAGUAAUAGUAAAUCUGAAAAAAAUAUGUUCCCUUGGGAACUAUUUGUUCCUUACGUGAAUAGUUUAAAAAAAACAAACGCAUUUUAGGUGCAUCAGGUAGCUUAUUCAUAACUGCUUCUUAUAAUAGCUUUCUGUGGUGCUUUGUGAGGCAAUAAAUGCUUCAGAUGUCUAGUUUCUGUCACCCCCACUGUAUGAAUGCAGUAUUUCACAUCAAACCACUCUGAAUGACUUUGUUUAUAUCUUAGCUAGUAUUAUGUAGAAAUUUAGCAAAAUAGUCGGAAUUCCCCUUUAACAGUGACACUUACUGUAUCUCCUACCCAUCUCAGUUUUUAGUACUUAACAGUACAGUUAUAGAUGUUUAUUUAUUACGUUCAUUUACAAUGUUUAAACAUCUCUUGUAUCUAAACCACUCUAGGAUGAAGUAUGUUAUACAAAAACUCACUACAAGUUAUGUACAUGAAACUACACUACAUAGAAUUGAGCUCCCCCUGCUGGUUCAGCCUGAUAAUUUACCCAACUUUUUCUCCGUGAUAAUCCAGGCGGUGGGUUCCCCACGUCUCCUUUGAGCACUAAUGAGCGGUUGCAGUAAUGAGCACUCGGCACGUGUUUUAAGACUCCAGCCACACUGUUGGGCAAAUUACAUAAAUAACCAUUCUUGACACAGCAUGAAUCAGCACCAGCCCGUUUAAAAAUGCGACAAGACAAAUCCAAAGACCUUCGGUUUGUUCCAGUGUUGUUCACACGUGCAUGUGGCACCUGACGGUUAAUUUGCUCCACCCAGUGGCAUGAGCGUGCAUGUGUGUAUGUGUUACAACCCCUCAGCUCUCCCUGGGUGACUUUUGAAAGAGCUGGACACGUGCCUUGAACUCCGAAAUUCACUUCUUAAUACCCCCCCCCACUACACUGUUAUUUGCCUUGCACCUUGAGAUAGAUGACAAAACCAGCAAUGACUGUCCUAGUCAGCACCUUUCUAUUCCAAAUAGCGGACUAUUACAGACCUGUACAUUAAGCCCCCAGUGGAGACUCAGUCGGAAGCUUUACUUUUAACCAAAUAUCUAAUGCAUUUUUUAAAUGAAUACCAGCUUUCUCAGCUGCGUUAUGCAGCAUCUUUCUACAUUUUUCAUCUCCUAGCUCGAUGUUGGCUCUCCUAGCUAGAUGAUGUUUCAGAGAAUAGGCCCAAGCUGCUUGGAACCCCAUUAAUCCUUGGUUGGCAUUCUGUUCUGUCCUUUUCCGUCACACAUUGUAGGUUAGAUCAAGUUCUAAUGCCAAACGCUGAGUGUGGUAGUCUAAUUUGUAGGCAACCCCAGAUCCCUGGUCAGUUCAUGAAGCUAACGACUGCACAUUUGACCCAGGGGGCCGUUAACAAUGGUACAAUUUAAACCAUUAAACUGGAGUCUUUCAGAAACCCUUUCUUUUUUUUCUUUUUCUUUUUUUUAUAAAAUGUAUAUUGUCCAUCUGUUUGAACAGGAAUAACAAUGUGACGAGACCCUUUAAACAAUGUGCACUGAAUGUGAAUUGUUACAUGGAAACACUACACUGUAGUUUCUUUCUAGUAAACUGGAAGAGGGCACGCGAUUCAGAAGUCACACCGUAAGCGGGACGCGAUCGAGACGAGCGUUAUGAUCGACUAGGUGCUCUUUUAAUGUCGCAUCCAAGGCUCUGACACAAUACACUUAUCUAACCUUCUGUAUCUGUUGAUUUCCUGUUGACUGUGCAGUCAUUGUAAUCAUGUGAAAAUCAUGUAGGACUUGCUUCAAAUAACCAUAAGAGAGGAGGAAAAAAAAAGGAUCACCGUCAGUAACUGAUGCUGGUAGUCAUAAAUGAUUUGUUGUUCAUGUAGACUUACAAUAGGAUUCUUGUUUUCAGAGCGUUGUAUUUUGAUUAUUUUUUAAAUCGGAUGUUUCAGUGCUGAUGGAAGAAGAACUGGGUCUUUCCACAGAGGCGAUUGGAGAAAUACAGCAUGUAUUUAUUGCACUUUUGUGAUUUGGGUGUGCUGUUUUUCUUUUCUUGUGAGACUUAUGAAAGCUGUGAAUUUUAUCAUCAACACUGUACUGUCAACAAAAAUUGUAAAUAUGUCACCAGCACAAGAAUGUUUUGUAGCUUCACAACAAAUAUAAAAAAGUUCUUUCUUCUAA